UUCGUGAGUAUAACAGGCGCAAAAGUCAUCUUUUUGGUUAUUCAUGUAGAAAAGAUGGUGGUGACAGCAGCUUCUGUUCGUCAACAACUGACAAAUUUAGCAUAUUCCGGAGGAUCUCAUAAAGAUCAAGCGGAAAAUUGUAAAUGAAUAUGUAAGUUUGGUCAUUUCGAGACAAGUUUUAACAGAUGUCAGUAAUCGAUUAUUACUUUUACCUGAUGAAGUAUCAAUGGCCAUUUCACAUUAUACAUUAGACAAGAUACAACCAAGAGUGAUCUCAUUUGAAGAACAAGUCGCUAGUAUAAGGCAACACUUAGCAAAGAUCUAUGAACGUAAUCAAAAUUGGAGAGAAGCUGCUAAUGUUUUAGUUGGAAUACCAUUAGAAACAGGGCAAAAGCAAUAUACAGUUGAUUAUAAGCUUGAAACUUAUCUUAAAAUUGCACGAUUGUAUUUAGAAGACGAUGAUCCAGUACAAGCUGAAGCAUUUAUCAAUAGAGCAUCUCUUUUACAGGCUGAGUCAAAAAAUGAACAGUUACAAAUUUACUAUAAAGUUUGUUAUGCCAGAGUAUUAGAUUAUAGAAGAAAAUUUAUAGAAGCAGCACAAAGAUACAAUGAAUUAUCAUAUAGAUCUAUUAUCCAUGAAGAUGAACGUAUGACUGCACUUAGAAAUGCAUUAAUUUGUACAGUAUUAGCUUCUGCAGGUCAACAAAGAAGUCGUAUGUUAGCCACAUUAUUUAAAGAUGAGCGUUGUCAACAACUUCCUGCUUACUCAAUUCUUGAGAAAAUGUAUUUGGAUCGUAUUAUUCGACGUUCUGAAUUACAAGAAUUUGAAGCCUUAUUACAACCUCAUCAGAAAGCAAGUACAAUUGAUGGAUUGGGAUCAACUAUUCUUGACCGUGCCGUUAUAGAACAUAACUUAUUAUCUGCUAGUAAAUUAUAUAAUAACAUAACGUUUGAAGAAUUAGGUGCUUUGUUAGAAAUUCCACCAACGAAAGCAGAAAAGAUUGCUAGUCAAAUGAUCACAGAAGGUCGAAUGAAUGGGUACAUUGAUCAAAUUGAUUCUAUUGUUCAUUUUGAAACACGUGAAACCUUACCAACGUGGGACAAACAAAUACAAUCACUUUGUUAUCAAGUAAACCAAAUAAUAGAAAAAAUUGCUCAAACUGAACCAGAAUGGAUAGCAAAAGCAAUGGAAGAUCAGAUGGUGCAUUAAUAUAAAUUUUUUUAAUAUUAAAAACAUACAUAAAUACACACAGAUCGAAACAAAAACAUUAGAUAAAUAUUUGAUACGUAAUCUAAAAAUUUGGAGUCCUUAAAGAUUAUUGUGAUUCUAUAAUGAUCUUUAUGCAUUGCAAGUAAUAUAACAUGCUCGUUAAUUUUUAUUUUAAUAUGCACGAAAUCAAUUUCUAUAAUUUCUGAUUAAUAAAUAAAUUUUCAUUUUUCAUAAUACAAAUAAAAAUAUCAAAAUUUAUGGAAUAUUUCAAUGUUCACAAUUUUGGUUUUAUAGUUAUAAUUAUUUUAUAAAAUUCAACAAUAUAAUAAGUAUAAAGUGCGCAAAAUAAUUUUAUUAAUUAAGCACACUUAAAAUAUUAUUUGUUUAACGUUCGUUUGUGACUGUUAUAAAUUUCACGCAAACCAUACUUCAGCUGAGGGAAUAUUGUAAUUGUCUCAUGUAAAUAAAGCAUUCACACUGCACAUAAAAUAAAAUUUUCUUUAUUUUAUGAACUAAUCAAAGCUUCAUUUAGAUUUUGCUGAAUAUUUAACAACUGUUGAUGUAUAGGAGAAUAAAAUUGUAUGAGUACAAACCUCUUAUGUAUUAUAACUUUGCUACACAAAACAAAACUGUGGAAUUAUUUAUAACUAAAAGUAUUUAUUAUUAUAUACUAUUUCAAAAAUGUAAAAUCUUCAUGUAAGACAUCAGACUAAAUUAUUGGAAUCUUCAUGACCAAACAUACAUUUCUCAAUAGAUUUCAACAUUAAAAUAGCCACGCUGGCAGUACUGUUUUGUAUUGAUUAUUCAGACAGGAAUGAAUGUUGUUACAUCUCAUGAAAUGAAAAAUCUACUUAAUAUUUGACAUUAUUUAAUCUCAAGUCCCUGUACGUUAUUUAUUAAGUGCAGACGUUUUUACAAUAAAUUCGACUAUUAACAUUAUUUGUGUAACUAUGAGAACGUAUGUGGAGCAUUAUAUCGUGUGUUAUUUUGAAAUCAACCAUAGAGCUUAUAAUUAUUUUGUAACUUGGUAACAUUUAUUACUGAAAAAUAUAUUUCCAGAAAUGUUUAAAUACACUUUUUUUCUAAUUUAAUUUUAUCCGUAUUUGUGAUCAACGUUACUCCGUGAUUAUAUUUUUCAUAAUUAUGUUCAGAGUAAUUAA